AUGGAUUUGGGUUUGCAUGGAUUUGGUUACUCGUCAGUGCAAUAUAUUUUAAAUCCCAUAUUUAGAAGCAUAGGAAAACAUAUUAAAAAUAUAACUUCUUCCUUAAGAGUUGAGAAAAAUAAAAGAGAAUUUAGAAAAAAUUGCUUAGAUCUGGCUGAUUAUAUAAUUGAGAAAAACCACGCACCCGAAUAUCUUGAUCAAUCUAAAUGGGACCUAGCACUAAAGAAUUGGUAUCAAAUUCGAUAUAAAGAUCUAACUAGACAUGGGGAAUGCCCUAUGAUUAUAGAGCAGAAUGAGAGAAAUCUUUUAGAAUUAAGUUAUGACGUAAAAGAUUUUCAUGAAAAAAAAAUUAGAGACCUCAGGCGAUUAAAACCAUUCCUCAUCGAAAAUAAUACAUAUAGUUGUAAUAAUGAUCAGAGCUGUAUGCAAAUAUUUAACGAAUAUAAUAUUUGGAUUAAUGACAGGAAAAAUUAUUUUGAGGAAAAGAGACAACUCAUUCAAAAAAAUUCCUCAUCUGUACAAAGGAAAUUGAAAUUUUCAAUACCAAUUAAUAACUUGCUGAAUCCUGAGAUAUAUAGUGAACUUUCUGAAACUUUACCUUCAGUUUCAGUUCCACUUGAAGAAGAUGGAAAAGAGAUAAGAGGAGAAGGAAAAGGAGAAUGCAUAUCCUUAAGAGUAAGAGGAAAUGCGUCUGAAAAUCAAAGUACACUACAAGAAAAAGCUUCAACUUCAGGGGCAUCAUCACUUCAAACAUCUGAAACUAUAAGUGCAGGAGAAUUACCUGGAUCAGCUGUAGAUUCCUCAAUCCAUGAAGAUGAAAAAUCAAUAUUUCCUAAAAAUUCUGAACAACCUUCUUCAAUGACUGAAUCUGAUCCUGUAGAACAACGUCCAACUACUCGUGGAUUAGGAGGAACUACUGGUCAUAUAACUACUAUACCAUCUGUUGAAGCAUUAAAUCCUGAUUCAAGUUCUCUUUUUAUUACACCCUCUAAAAGACUAGAUACAGAAGGAAAUCAAUAUAACGCCCACAUAUCGUAUAUUUUAACAAGCUUUCUAGUUAUUAUAGUAUUUUCCUUUUUUAUUAAAUAUGUUUUAAUAGGUAUGUUUAAAAAAAAGAAAAAGAUAAAAAGAAGAGAAGUUAAAUUUCUGAGAAUAUUAGUACCUUCCUAUUAUAACAGAAGUAAAUUUUUAAGACAUAAUCAUUUGGAACACCCAAUAAAUGAAGAUGAAGAAAUCAUUAAAAAAAUAAAAAUACAAGAACAUAAUAUGAACAAAAAUGAAAAUGUAUCAUACGGAAAAAAGGACAGAUCUAUAACUAUUAUAGAAGUACAUAUGGAAAUACUGGAAGAAUGCAGAAAUAAAGAAUGGGAAUAUAACAAAGGAGAAUUUUUAGCAAUAUGCCAAGAAGUAUUAACAAAAAAAGAAAAUAGAACCUACACUAACUUAAAAGAUGAUGAAGUAGUAAUGGAUAAUAUUAAAAGUACCAAUGAAAUUGAAAAACAAAAAAGUCUAUGGAAUAAAUGGGUGGAAAGACAUAAAAUGUUUUUGGAAAAAUUGAGAAAAAAGGAUUGGUUUAACAAUCUGAAAAAUGAUUGGAAAGAAGAAAGAUCAUACAUAAAAAAUAAAAGAAAAAAAGAUAUAUGGAGACGUUGGGUAUCAAGGAAGGGUACUAUUGUAGAAAAAUAUUUGGAAGAGGACUUGUUUGAAAAAUUGAGAGAGGAAAUAUAUAAUAUGAUAGAUACAUAUGAAAAUGAAGGAAGAAAGGAUGAUAUAUUAUUUAUGAAUAAAGAAUUGGAAAACAAAGAAAAUUAUGAAGAAUUAUAUAAAUAUUUUAAAACAAAAUUACUAGAAAAACUGUGUACACUAGUAUUUAUGAUGGUAUUAGAAGAAUGUAAAAAGGAAGAGUAUAUAGAAAAUAAGGAAUCGCAUUUCGAUAAUUCCAUAAAUGAAUGGAUGACAGAAGUAAAUUCAGAUAUUAAACCAGAAAUUGAGAAAAACUUAGCUGAUGUUAACGGAGAUGUUUUAGGGAAUAUAAAAAAUAAUAAAAAUUAUGAUUAUGAGGGAGAAGACUGUUUCAGAGAAGAAUUGAAAGAAUGGAUAAGAGAAAAUGAUGCAUACAUAAAUUCCUUAGAUAGUGAUAAUAACAUAGACGAAUGCUAUCAAGUGGUAGAAUAA